AUGGAUUCUAGGUGGGCCGAUACAACUGAUGAAGAGGAUGCUGGAUUGGACGCCCCUAUCGAGCCAUCUGAAGAUGCCGUUGCACCCCAAGAAUUGUUGAAGCCAAUUGAACAACCUGAGCAAGUGUCUGUUCCCGAUGGCAUGAACACGAACGCUGAUGAUGAUGACAGUGAUCACGAACGAAAGGAAGAGGAAGAAAGCAGCGAUGAAGAAGAGGAGGAGGAAGAAGAAGACGAAUCUGAACGCCAGAAAAGGUUAGAAGCGGCGCGAAAAGCAGCGGAAGAAAAGAAGAAAAAACAAGAGGAAGAGAAAUCUGAAGAUCUCGAUGACAUUUUCAGCGAAUUUGGCAUUGCCACUGACACUCCUGCCACCACAGAAACGACAACUGAUGAACCAGCGCAAGAACAAGGUAAUGAUGGUGCUGCGGAAUCAUCAAAUGCUAAGAGAAGGAGAAACAAGAAAAAAAAGAAGGGUGGUGCUGGUGGUGCCCCUGCGGAAUCUGCUGAGGAAACAAAGGAGGAAAGCGGCCCAGUGGACGUUGCUGCAGUCUUGAAAGCCAAGGCCAAGAAGAAGGGAAAGACGAACACCGCCGCUGCUGCCGCUGCCAAAGAAUUGAAAGGAAAGGAUGAUGGCAAGAAGAAAAAGAAGAAGAAAGAUAAGCUUCAAUUUGGACGAUAA